CUCCUGCAGGCCUUCGGGAACGCCAAGACGGCCCACAACAACAACUCCAGCCGCUUCGGGAAGUUCAUCCAGGUCAACUACCAGGAGAACGGCACCGUCCGAGGAGCGUACGUGGAGAAGUACCUGCUGGAGAAGUCUCGCCUGGUCUCCCAGGAGCACAGCGAGAGAAACUAUCACGUGUUCUACUACCUGCUGGCAGGAGCCAGCGAGGAUGAGAGGAACACCUUCCACCUGCUGAAACCUGAAGAGUACCACUACCUCAACCAGAUGAGAAAGAAAUCCCACAAACUCAACUGGGACAAUUUCUAUGAGAGCGAGCUGCAGGACUGCUUCUCUGUGGAGGGGGAGGACUUAAAGCAUGACUUUGAGAGGCUGCAGUUGGCCAUGGAGAUGGUGGGAUUCCUCCCUGCCACACGCAAGCAGAUAUUCUCUCUGUUGUCUGCCAUCCUGCUGCUGGGUAACAUCCGCUACAAGAAGAAGACCUACAGAGAUGACUCCAUAGACAUCUGCAACCCAGAAGUGCUGCCCACAGUCUCACAGCUACUGGAGGUGAAGGAGGACAUUCUGUUUGAGGCGCUGACCACCAGGAAGACCGUCACCGUAGGAGACAGGCUCAUCGUACCGUACAAGCUGGCUGAGGCUGGAACAGUUCGGGACUCCAUGGCCAAGUCCCUUUACAGCGCUCUGUUUGACUGGAUCGUCUUCAGGACCAACCAUGCCCUGCUCAACACCAAGGACCUGGAGGACAGCGCCACAACUCUCUCCAUCGGCGUUCUGGACAUCUUUGGGUUUGAGGACUACGAGAACAACAGUUUUGAACAGUUCUGUAUUAACUUUGCCAACGAGAGACUGCAGCAUUACUUCAACCAGCACAUCUUCAAACUAGAACAGGAAGAGUACAGGGCAGAGAGCAUCACCUGGCACAACAUCGACUACAUCGACAACACGGGCUGCAUCCACCUGAUCAGCAGGAAGCCCACGGGCCUGCUCCCCCUGCUGGACGAGGAGAGCAAUUUCCCCCAGGCCUCUAACCAGACUCUGCUGGAUAAGUUCCAGCGGCAACACGAGGGCAGCAGCUACAUCGAGUUCCCUGCUGUCAUGGAGCCCGCCUUCAUCAUCCGCCACUAUGCCGGCAAGGUCAAGUACCGGGUCAAGGACUUCAGAGAGAAGAACACUGACCACAUGCGUCCAGACAUUGUGUGUCUGCUAAAGAGCAGCCAGAGCGCCUUCAUCUGUGGCCUGAUGGGGGUCCACCCCGUGGCCACAUUCCGCUGGGCCGUGCUCAGAGCCUCCUUCAGGGCCUCCGGCGCCUUCAGGGACGCAGGCAGAAGACACGCCCACAGGAAGACUGGUACAGACCCUGCCCUGCCCUGUUCUGUCAUCAAGGGUGUGGACAGCUUUAGCUUCCUGCACCACCCUGUGCACCAAAGGAGCCUGGAGAUCCUGCAGAGAUGCAAGGACGAGAAACACAACAUCACUCGUAAGAAUCCAAGGACUCCCUUGUCUGACCUUCAGGGCAUCAACGCACUGAAUGAGAAAUCGACCUGGGAGGGGGGUGUGGGCUGUAACGGCCGCAACCCUGGCUUGACCCGGCUGUCCUCAGGGCUGGAUGAAGACGGCCUGUUUGUCAACUCAGCCAGCAGCAAGCUGCUGGAGAGAGCCCAGGGCCUCCUGCUACGCAGUAAGCCCUCCAGGUCCAGACCCAGCCUGCCCAAACAGCUGCUGAGUGUCCGCUCCUUGAGGCACCUGAGCAGUGUGACGCUCCACGACCGCAUCACCAAGUCCCUGCUGCUCCUGCACAAGAAGAAGAAGGCCCCCAGCAUCAGCGCCCAGUUCCAGGCCUCCCUGAACAAGCUGAUGGAGACCCUGGGCCAGUCCGAGCCAUACUUUGUGAAGUGUAUCAGAUCCAAUGCUGAGAAGCUUCCCCUGCGCUUCAACGACUCCCUGGUGCUCCGCCAGCUCAGGUACACAGGCAUGCUGGAAACUGUCCGCAUCCGCCAAUCAGGAUACAGCUUCAAGUACACCUUCCAGGACUUUGUGCGUCAUUUCCACGUGUUGCUUCCUCGGGGCACCAGCCCCACCAAGUCAGGCAUCAGAGAGUUCUUCAGACAGGUCCACCUGACGCCCGCCGGCUACCAAGUGGGCAACACCAUGGUGUUCCUGCGGGAGGCCCAGCGCCAGCGGCUGCAGUCCCUCCUCCACCAGGAAGUGUUGCGGCGCAUCGUGGCGCUGCAGCGCCGCUUCCGGGCCGUGCUGGGCAGGAAACGCUUCCUCAGCAUGAGGCGAGCCGCAAGCGUGCUGCAGGGCUGGUGGAGAGACCAUGUCCAGCAGCAGCUGGGUGGAGUGGCCCCUGCCCUCCAGCAGGAGGCGGCAGUGCGGCUGCAGGCGGCGUGGCGGGGAUACCGGGAGCGGAGCAGCUUCCUGCAGCAGAGGGACGCGGCCCUGCUGCUCCAGAGGAGCUGGAAGGUCUGGUGCCAGCGCCGAGGCCAGGCAGCCCUCACGCUGCAGGCAGCCUGGAGGGGCUACAGAGAGAGGACAGCCUACUGGAGGAAGAGGGAGGCGGCCCUGCAGCUACAGGCUGCAGGAAGGGGACACCUCGCUCGGCUCAGGUUCAGGGAUCUGGAGGAGCAGCGUCGUGGGGAGGGGCUGGGUAGCCCCACCCCCGGGGAGGAGCCAGAGAGCAUCAUGGUUCUGGAGGAAGGUAUGCUGGAGGACAGAGAAUUCCUAGACAUUUCAGACAAACCCUCAGCAGACGACCCGUCUGAGUGUCUAGUGGAGGACAGAGAGGCAGGAAGAAGCAGCGACGAGACGACCAACAGAAGCAGGUCUAAGAGAGAGAGCCGGCGGAUGAGGGAGCUGGAACAAGCCACGUUCAGCCUGCAGCUGCUCAGGGUGAGAACCAGCAGUGUGGGAGGCCCUCUGUCUGGGGACCCAGACAGCAGCCUCCACCAACACCCCCCCUCCAGGGGGUCUCCAGCCAGUCAUGGGAGCUUCGAGCUCCUCAACUCAGACGAGGUAGAGACACAUGACCCCACGUUCCCUUCCGGGGCGAUUCAAACCACCAAGGACGACUUGGACAAAUGUGGGUCUCCGAUGGACUCCAUCCCUCCAGAGUAUGAGUUCAGCUCUUCUGGAAACCCCACCCUGUUGUCACUCACCCAGGAGGAGACCCCAAGAGCAACCUUCUACAUCCCCUCGGACCCCAGCCCCAAACAGGACGCUCACGCAGACAGCCCCAGCAAGGCCCUCCCAGAGCGGAGAGAGUCCGCCUCACGACGGCCCGUCGUAGUGGUGAUCAGCAUGCAGAAGGAGAGCCCUGUGGAGGAGGGGGAGGUGCAGUCAGCUCCCACCAGCCUGGAGGCAGGACCAUCCCAGCCUCAUAGAGGUGUGCCUGGGGCGAAGAUGCCUGCUGCGCUGCUCUCCUCCAGUCACCAGGGGGCUGCUCCUUCCACCUCUGAGCCUGGCUCCUCAGAGGUGGACAUCCACAUUGUCCUGGAACCCAAGGCCCCCGCCCCGAGCGCUCCCCCCAGCCAGGAGAGGACGUCUGGGGGCAGGCUGUCCUGCAGCCCAGGCCUGGACCCCAGGGAGGUCAGCAGACGACCUGCAGCACACAGCACCCCCACCAACACCAUCAGCAUGACAGAGAAACCACCGCUCAUCUCUCCACACAGACGCAAGCUGCCCUUCUCCAAGUCUGAUAAGGACCUGGUCAAUAAGGAGCGCUCCCUGGCCAUGCUGAGGGACCAGGCUGGAGGAACCACACCCAGAGAGCAGCUGGGCCGCCCAGGUCCCAAAAAGAAAGCACGCAUGUCUCGGACUCGCUCUGACUUCCUGACCCGCUGUAACUCUGAGGGUGCGGGCCAAUCAGACGAGGAGGACGAUGCCUUCUACACCCCCGCCCUUUCCAGUACCCUCCCCCUGUCCCCACAGCCACGCCCAGGAGGGGGUGCCCCAGAGCUCGCUUGUUACAGCGACUCUGAGAUGCCCUCUCACAAGGACCAGAAGAAGAUCCACAAAACCAUGUCGUCAGGUGACCUAGGCAAGGUGGAGGCCCUCAGCAAGACUUGCAGCCAGGACAGCAGCAGGCGUGGGAGGAUGCGUUUCUGGGGUAAGACUAAACAUGGAGACAAGAAACGAAGCAGCAGGUGCCAGCUGGAGCUAAGCCAGACCCAGGAGGGUGUAUCUCCCCCCCCCAGUCCGGGGCUGACGGGGGCGGUUGGCCGGGGGGAGUGGAAGGAGAACAAAGAGCCAUGUCCGAAGGUGCGUCGGCGCAGCGUGAAGAUCAGCAGCGCGGCUCUGGACCCCGCCCCCUGGCAGAACGACUCGCUGCACAUCCUCACCAGCGCCCACGACUACCGCAUCAUGAACGACUUCCUCAUGAAGAAGAUCAACGACCUGGACUCUGAGGAUGGGAAGAAAGACACGUUAGUGGAUGUGGUUUUCAAGAAGGCUCUGAAGGAGUUCCGCCUCAACAUCUUCAACUCCUACUCCACUGCACUGGCGAUGGAUGAUGGCAAGAGUAUCCGCUACAAGGACCUGUACGCCCUGUUUGAGCACAUCCUGGAAAAGAGCAUGCGUCUGGAGCAGCGUGACUGGAGCGAGUCUCCUGUCACAGUCUGGGUCAACACCUUCAAGGUGUUCCUGGAUGAGUUCAUGACGGCGUACAAGCCCACGGACGGCACCAUCGGCAAGGUUCCUAAACCAGAACGCAAGAAGAGGAGGAAAAAGGAAAGCGAUAUUGUGGAGGAGCAUAACGGGCACAUGUUCAGGUCCACCCAGUACAGCAUCCCCACCUACUGCGAGUACUGCUCGUCUCUCAUCUGGAUGAUGGACCGCGCCUGUGUCUGCAAACUGUGUCGCUACGCGUGCCACAGGAAAUGCUGCUCCAGGAUGACCAGUCAGUGUAGUAAAAAAUACGACCCAGAGCUGUCUUCCAGGCAGUUUGGAGUGGAGCUGUCUCGUCUGACCAGCGAGGAGAGGACAGUGCCUCUAGUGGUGGAGAAGCUCAUCAACUACAUUGAGAUGCACGGCCUGUAUACAGAGGGCAUCUUCAGGAAGUCUGGCUCUACCAAUAAGAUUAAGGAGCUCCGGCAAGGCCUGGACACGGAUGUGAACAGCAUGAAUCUGGACGACUACAAUAUCCACGUCAUCGCCAGCGUGCUCAAACAGUGGCUACGCGACCUCCCCAACCCCCUGAUGACCUUUGAACUCUACGAGGAGUUCCUGAGAGCCAUGGGCCAGGCAGACAGGCGGGACGAGGUCCGGGGGGUGUAUGCUGUGAUCGACCAGCUCAGUAGAACACACCUCAGCACCCUGGAGAGGCUCCUCUUUCACCUGGUCAGAAUCACCUUGCAGGAGGAAACCAACAGGAUGUCUGCCAACGCCCUGGCCAUUGUGUUUGCCCCCUGCAUCUUGCGCUGCCCUGACACCACCGACCCCCUGCAGAGUGUCCAGGACAUUAGCAAGACCACCGCGUGUGUGGAGCUGGUCAUUAAUGAGCAAAUGAGCAAGUACAAGGCCCGUCUGAAGGACAUCAGCAGUCUGGAGUUUGCUGAGAACAAGGCACGGAGCCGUCUCUCCCAUCUCAGGAGGACUAUGGGCAAGGGCAGCGUGUGUGGGAGUGGCCACAUCCCCUCUCCCCCGCUCAGCCCCCAGGUUCCGGUGGAGCAAGGGGGGCCGGGGGGGGCUGCGGGCGGGGGGGCGGAGCUAACCUUGGCUGAGCAGCAGGCAGACCUGCUGCAGGAGGAGAGGAUCCUCAGCCAGCACAUCGAGAGUCUGCAGAAGGAGAAGGAGGAGCUGACAUAUGAGAUGUUGGUGCUGGAGCCGCGAGCGUCUGAUGAUGAGAUGGAGGCCUCCAUUGGCAGCUGUGAGAACCUCCAUGCCCCCUCUGCCUCGUCCGACUGCGGCACGUACCGAUUCAGGAAGUUGGACGGCAAAAGCCGGCGCACCCUCAAACACCAACCCGACUCUGUGGACUCCACCUCCUCUGUCUCCUCCUCCAUCUCCUCCUCCUCCUACCACCCCUCAUCCUCUCUGUCCUCCACCGUCCCUCCAUCUCCUCUCUACCGGGUCCGCUCCUUGUCCUCCGGCCCGCUGCUCUCCUGCUCCCUGGCCACGCCCCUGCCGGCGGCGGAGGGAGACCCCAGGGCGGUGAAGAGCCGCCUCAGGCUGAGCAGGAGCUCCCCCCGGGACGAGGGCCGCAGGAGGGAUGCUCACCUCUCCUCCCCACCCCAGCAGCUGGUCCUGUAUGGAAGCAACGAGUUCAUGGUGUGAGCUGAGGACAGGAGGGCCGGGCUCUGGUCCCUGUGGUGGAGGAAGUUGGGGAGGGGCUGGUAGGGGUGCAGGUGACACCCCCGUCAGCGGGUCGCGCCCUCCUCAGCCCUCCUGCCUUCAGCCUCGGGGGCCCCUCAAGACCCAGAUGCAUUGUGGGAUGUAUGUGCUGGACAGGAGAGAGCUCUGAGGAGGUGAGGGUUGGGGGGGAGAUGGAAGGAUGGAACAUUGAGACAGUCAGAUGGCACCAGAAGUGGCUUUGGGCUUUACACUUCCUCUGGAGGUCCAGAGGGUUAGACAGUAGACUAACCAGACAGAGACACUGCCAAAGUAACAGCACCCUCUGCUGAGCAGGAGGACUGGCAAUCAAACAGACUGCAUUGAAGAGUACAAGAGUAUUUUGGUAAUUUUGAUACAAGCUAAAUCUCAACUACUCUUCCGUCAGCUUCCACGUUUACACAGUCCAGCCUGUCAAGGCUGCAUGCUCCUUCAUUUAACAUUUUCCUAUACUGUGUCUGUAUAAGAGACUGUAGAAAUAUAAAACAUGUGUACAAUUCCAUUAUUAUUGCUGUUUUUAUUAUUAUUAAUUAUGUUGUUGAGUAAACAUUGUACAUAAAAAUAAACUCCAGUGCCGCUGGAUCGUCCAUGGUAGAUAUAUCCAUGAACGUGAACUUGAUAUAUCCAUCUCCCAGCAGGAGGUGAACUUGAUAUAUCCAUCUCCCAGCAGGAGGUGAACUUGAUAUAUCCAUCUCUGAACUUGAUGGGAUUCAAGUUUUGGUUUUGCCUAUUUGUGUUUAAAUGAACAAAACCACUUGUGUUCAGUUGGUGCCAUUAUACUCACUGGUGGAGUCUGACUCUACUGACCCCUCAUCAGUGCAACAAUGGCCAUAGUCAGGAGUCAGGGGUCAUCAGCCAUAACAUGCAAUGUCUUUCCCACCACUGACUGAGUGGCCACAACCUUCUGGUCUGUUCUGAGACCCUAGGGUUAGCCAGUCUGAGACCCCAGGGUUAGCCAGUCUGAGACCCCAGGGUUAGCCAGUCUGAGACCCCAGGGUUAGCCAGUCUGAGACCCCAGAGUUAGCCAGUCUGAGACCCCAGAGUUAGCCAGUCUGAGACCCCAGAGUUAGCCAGUCUGAGACCCCAGAGUUAGCCAGUCUGAGACCCCAGGGUUAGCCAGUCUGAGACCCCAGGGUUAGCCAGUUUGAGAACCCAGAGUUAGCCAGUCUGAGACCCCAGGGUUAGCCAGUCUGAGACCCCAGGGUUAGAGUUAGCCGUCAGGACUUGAAGCCUUUUGGAUGUCUUGUUAUUGGUUUGUUUCUUGUUGUUAUUUUCUAUUGCCAUGUUUUCUAUCAAUGUUAUCAUGACUUGGCAUGGUAACAUUUAGUUGAGAUGUAAGCCAUUAAUGUUUGUGUGUGUGUGGCUAUAAUGUGAACAUUUACUUUCCCAACAGAUCAUAUUCUGUCCAUCCUCAGAAACACACACACAAACACACUGCAGCCAUGUGUGUCUUGCUCCAUUGGCCAAAUCGCUCACCUCUGUCAAUCAUGUGCUAGGUGUUUACACAAGUUAAAUAACAUUGUCUCCAUCCAAGGUUGGGCUUGAAGAAGUAGAAUUUUCUGAGUCCGAUCAUGCAACUUUACAAGCUUUAGAUAUAAAAAGCUGUGUCUGUUUCAGCUGUCCAUUCUAUUUGGCUCUGCUAUCAAUGGUACAAUACUCUACAUGAAUCAUGACUUUCUCUAUCGCUAAAGUAUCUAUGCCCACUGUGCAAUAUCCUAUCUACUGUACAUCCUUUAAGGAUUCUAUAUCGCCACAUCUGUGCUUGCCCUGUAUUUGAGAGAAGACAGUAUUUAGUGGUUUGACAGUACAUUAACUGCUCGUCAUAGUACUUACAGUAAGCAUACAACAAGGACCAAGAUUACAACACAGUGUCCUAUUUUACAGGCAGGUCUUCGACCUUGUCUUCAUAUCAAGUGCGCAAGUCACAAUCCCACCUCAUAUGGAUCAAGUCUUAGUCAUGUCAUUUAGAUUCUCAACCUUUUCUAGGAUGAGUGGAAACUUGUUGCUAUAGUUACCUCUUAUCUACAUGAUGAAGACGGACACUUUUCACAACCAAGCCGGGUUGUACGAAAGAGCCCCAACCCAGAGAGUGAAGCACUGUAAGGCAUUAGAGCAUGGGAAAUGUAAUCCAUCCAGUCCAUUGGGUCAUGGGAGAUGUAGUCCUUCCAAACUGGUCCAAUACCCUCUAUGGAAAGUAAAGAUGACAUUUUGUAGUGAUUCAAGUUGGCAGCGGCCAAAGUAUUCUGCUGUUGUGAAUGUACCUAUCACUGGCAUGCUCUGCUUUCUAUAAAUGUUAGUUUUUCCUUGAAUACACAGGAUGUAUAUUGUAUUUAUGAUCAUGUUUUAGAUUGUACAUUCAAAUAAUGCCUGUUAUAAAAGGAUAUAUUAUCCUGUGUAUGACUCAUAUGAUUAACCCUGUCCAACGGUAUAACAGAUCAUAAUUGUUCUGUCAUACUUGUGCUAAAACAGCAAAAAUCCAACUUGAGCUUUGUAUCUGUUAGUGUGUGCUUCCCUGGACACAGUUGUAUGUAUAAGGUGCAAUUUGUGUAGUUUUCUUUUUUAAAGAUACAAAGUCUAUGGUUGUAAAAAAAAAGAAAAGGAAAAAAAAGAAUUUAUGAAAGAAAAGGCUAAACUGGAGUCAAACUGAUAUAAAUUGU